AUCAUUUUAUUUUAUAAGAAGUUCUGAUGGUGUGUGCAAGAACAGUGUUCAGUAGUGUUGGAAGUGUUGCUCCUCGUGUAUCGUCAUCCACCGUUACAAGAAUGCUGGCAGCUCAUGAUAAAAAGCGUGAACGUCCCGGAGACGGUGAAGGCUGGGGACACGGAUUACGUGAUCCUGGACUGCGACUACGAUUUCGAGAACACGCCCAGCAAAGGAUUAGUCGUGAAAUGGUUCUUCAACACCAACGAACUGGCUUACCAAUGGAUAUACGGCAGGAGCCCGUUGGCCGGGGAGCUAACCGAGAAGUACGUCGACCUGAUGUACGAAGCCAGCGACGAUCCGUACACCAAGUACCGAGCCAUGAAAUUGAAUAAGCCUGGUAUCGAUCUUACCGGCGACUACACGUGCGUCAUAUCCACUUUCGCGGACGAGCGAUCCGCGAGCGCCUCCAUGGUUGUGUAUUCAACCGAGGAGAAAUUCGAUCUUGUAUAUAGAAGGAAAACCAUAGAUGAUAAGGAUGGAGUGGAGAUAACGUGUAUGGCAGAAGGACUGUAUCCACAACCCACCCUGGAUAUAUCCAUCGAGGGUGUUCCGGAAAAGCAAACAGUGACGGCCACCGUUACGCUGCGUGACGAUGGACUGUACGAUAUCUUAUCACGAACGGCCUUACUGGACGAAGAUUUACCGGAAGCAGCGAUUGUCAAAUGCUUGCUCGGUAUACCGAAGGCAAACUACAACGUUUCCCACAAAACCGUCUACUAUCCCGGAACGCCUACUACUACUUCAACUGCUACUACGAAGCUGCUGCACGUAAUGGAGAACCAAGCGCUAGACAACUCAGAGCCUGGCGAUGGUGGUGGAAAUUUCGCUGGUCGAAUGUCAAUUAAUGUCCUUUUAGUGACGUUGCAUCUGGUACUUGUCACCAUGUUGAACUAACGGGUUAAUUACUAGGUCGCCGCUUGAACGGAGCCCCAAAAUCGACUAGCGAACGCAUGUUAAUU